CCAAAAACAUGCUUUAUGAUGUGGUUCAAAAUAAGCCCACAAUUAACGCAGGUGUUAGCGUUAAGGCUCUAAGAAGUUUAUGGGAACAAACUGGCAAUGUCCUGUAUGGCCCACCUCCUGUUCUGUAUUCUAAAAGUGGCCGGAAACUCGCAAUCUCCACCUCUGUUGACAGGAACAGCCUUUCUCAGGGUACAAAAGUUCCACCAGUGCCAAAGAAGAAUACACGACUUCGGAAUUCCUUAAGCGCUGGUUUUUCUGGUACAAAUACAUCACAAGAACAACACACCUUUUCAGAAUCAAGGACAUCUGGAAGGUCAGCUGGUGAUCAGAGCCUAAAUGGCAGGAAAAGUGAUACCUUGGACACAGAGGGCUACAACUCUCAAUUAACAUCGCCUCUCCACGAUGAAAACAAUCAGUCUUCAACCUCUAAUUCUUGUAACAUUGUGCCCUCCUCCCCUCAACGACCUCCUUUAGUUCAACCCAAAACAGCGUCCUGCUCUUAUGCUGUCCUCGACCUUAAAAGACACCAUAGUGGUGGUGCUUCUUUUUCAUAUACUGAAAAAGAAGCCCUGCAGCCCAAUCCACUCUACCAGACCUCAUCUGUGGUGUGCGCUGGGCAGCAGGACCAGCCCGGGCAAGAGUAUGACAACCGUAUAAAGCUCAUCGACAGCAUCCUUUUAGCAGAAAACCCCUAUCAAGACAUACCUGAACAACGUGACAGUAAUACCUAUGAACACAUAGCUGAGAGCAACACGUAUGAGGACAUCCGAGUGACAGACAGCAACACGUAUGCAAGUUUGGAUGAGAUGCCUCCACACUCACCGAGCAUCUUGGGAAAGAAGAAUCAUAAGUGGUGGAAACUUCGACUGGAGAAUAAGAAGCAAUAGUCACCCGGUGAAUGCAAAAGCUGAGAAAAAUAUUUCAUUUAAUGUUUUACUGUUUUGCUACACGAUUAAGUUCAGAGAUAUUAAGUCAUAAUUAUUUUCAUGUUGGUGUGUACAGUAUAUUUAACUUUAGUAUAGCAUGGUCUCUACAGUUACAAAAUGCUGAAAAUUGUUUAUGCAAAUACAAUGGUACAAUGAGAUGGUUAUGAUACACCUGCUCUGAUUAUAUCUAUUGUUAUGAAUGAAUUUCCACUAUUUUCCCAGGACUUUAUCUUUCAGUGUAGACUAGCCCAGUGUAAUUUACUAUUUUGUAAUUGCUUACAGCCUGUCACGGUUCUAUAACCCCAAUUCAGCAUUCCACACUAUUUGUAUGAUACAGUAGUCUUUCUCUACACAUCUGAAACCAUAAUACUGCACAGCCUAACUGAAUAAAG